UCCUCUAGUUUAAUAGACAGGUAUAGGACAGUACAUGCCACGUCUCAGCCAAUCACAAUCCAGGUCCAGUUAACGCGUAGCCUAGUGGUUUUAAACUGAUAACAGCUGUGAGCUCAGCUCUCUAGCUCAAUGUGUCUGUAGAAAUACCUUUGGGCUGUAUCAGUCUCUAACGGCCUAUGUUUUUUAUUUUCUUUUUACAUUAAUCCAUUCUUAUGAAAAUUAGUUUUUAAACAAAGUUGUAAGAUGUUUUUCUCCGCGGUGCUAAUUCUUGCCAGUUGGGGUUUGCUCGGUUCUGUUUCGGGGUCUCCCGCUGUGGAGGAAGCGUACGCGGCUGUGCUCAGCGUCGUGUCUCCUGGACAGCAGUAUCUGACCGGGGAGUCCCUCGGCUCUGUCUUUAAUACACUGGAGAAACGUGUGCAGUGCGGUGAAGUGUCGUGUGAAAAGUGUGAUCUAACAGAUGCCAUUAACCAGCUGAUCAGGAAUCACUCCACCCAUGGAGAGGAUGAAACUGGAAAAAGCAGAAAACAUGUAACCAUCAGUGUGUCUCAGUUCACUGCUCUCGCUGCCGGAUGCGUCCUGUACCUCUCAACCCCUGGCCUGGUCUGCACCACGGUGAGACAGGGGAGAUGGGUAGAGGAAGCCGAACAUUUCCUACAUGAAAUCACACAUCAGGAGCAGCACCAGGACCAUGACCACGAGCACAUACACAUUCAUGGGUUGAAGGCACUGCUUAAAAAGCUCCACGACCACUACAAGCCCUCAGAAAGUGAAAGCUGUGUAACAGCCAGUGACAUCAUGGCAGAGGUCAACCAAUCAUCAGCAGAACAGAGACAGGAAGUGGGUGCAGUUUUGGGCCGUGUCCUGUAUCACGCCUUGCAAGGUCACUGCUUCAUUAGCCACUCACUGCCUGAGGAGAGCUUCUUCCUGGACUUCAUCAUUGACCGUCUGGGGUCAGAGAACUUCACUGUCGGGGAUUUGGAGGCCGUCAUGAGGAGUCUGAACCUCGGACCUGACCACGAACAUGAGAACCAACACCAGAACGAACACUCUGAUCACAAUUACAGUGGUUUCAGAUGGAGGAAGAGGAGCGCGGGGCAUGAAGGAAACACCACCUGGGAUCAGUUCUGUUUCUCAGCUAAAGAGCUGGUCCUGAUCUACGGUCUGGCAGACAACAGCUCUGCCUCUUCUGGCCUGGGUCGGACCGACUUGGCUCGGCUCAGCCCUGCACUCCUCCAGCAGAUUCUGAGCGGAGCGUGUGCAGACAUUACAGAACCACCAACACCAGAUGGGCUCACCAAGGCUGAGAGAUACCUCUAUGCAACCAUUGCCAAUAUUGUAAUAACACUGGCAUCCAUGUUUGGCAUUGUGGUUCUGCUGUGUACCUCCUGCACCAAUGUGUUUCAAUUGUGUAUCCAGUUUUGCAUCAGCCUGGCUGUAGGUUCACUGACUGGAGAUGCUUUACUGCACUUAAUACCCAUGUUUCUAGAUUUACAUGUGCACUCACACAACACCAACAGCCAGAAGCAAUCGCAGGAUGGUCAACAGGAAGAAAUUCCAGACUACAUUUACAAGAUCUUGGUAUUGAUCGCAGGGAUCUACUACUUUUAUCUGAUGGAAACAAUCUUCUCUCUCAUCGUAUAUAAAGAUAAUCAUCACCAUCAUCAACAUCAUCAUGGGGAAGAAUCAGAGCCUCACCACUGUGACCAUGGGAGGGUUUUAGAGAUGUAUCAACAGGAGAGGAAACAAAAAGACAAGUCACAGUCAACAUCAAAAGCAGAACUGGUUGGCUAUGAAGACCAUGAGAAAUCCCUUUCAGGGUUGAAAGAGCCCACCAGAGAACAGCGUCUGCUGCCUUAUAUGAUAACUAUCGGUGACGGGAUCCACAACUUUGCAGAUGGCUUAGCGAUGGGCGCAGCUUUCUCCCUGUCAUGGAAGUCUGGUCUGGCCACAUCACUAGCUGUCCUCUGCCAUGAAAUACCACAUGAACUGGGUGAUUUUGCCAUUUUGCUCCACAGCGGUGUGUCUGUCCGCAAGGCGUUGCUUUUAAACCUUGGCAGCGCCAUGAUUUCGUUCAUCGGCCUGUACAUCGCUCUGUCUGUAGCUACUGACCUCGCCACCAAACAGUGGAUAGCUGCCAUUACUGCAGGACUCUUCCUGUACGUGGGGCUGGCUGACAUGCUCCCCACCAUGGUCCACAUCAGCAACAAGAGACCCUGGCUGAUGUUUCUGCUGCAGAACGUCGGCCUCCUGACGGGGUGGAGUAUUCUGUUGGUGCUGUCAAUUUAUGAAGAGAGAAUCAGUUUUUAAAACACGGACAUCGGUCUGUUCAGUGGGUUAAUCCUAUUUCUGGUAUAAUCUAUGCAGAUUGUAAAAUCUUAUUCAGUCACAAGACCUGGCGUUGUCCUUGUUCCCAAUAACAAAAAGGUAUCAGAUGGGAACUAAUCCAGUCAGACAAAAUAAAACUUGCUGUGCACCCAAAUGCCUUAAAAUCCCAAACCCUCGACCGCAGAUGUGGUUAUUUGAGCAUGUUUCGAAUGUUGUUCACUAUUGUCCUAUAUCCACUGCAUAGUUCGGCUCGACUCAUUUUUGGUACCAGGUGCUUUUCUUUAUUUUUCCACUGUGCAUAGUAUCCCCUUAGUGUAGGCAGGAUCCUCAGCUGAUGAAAGAGUGAAUAACAAAAUUGGGUUUGCAUGGCUAUUUACAAAUGGUGAGUUUGUGCAGGAUGUCCCGUAUCAUGCUAGUGACGGUUGUGUCUG